AUGAGCAUAAAUUCAAAUACUACUUUGUUCCAUUCAAUUACAAGAUUGAAUGAAACCGGUUACCAAGUUUGUUAUGAUGCUCCACCCCAUAUUGUUUCAGAUGGUUUAUGGGGUGGUCAAAAAAAUGGAAGGACUCCAAUGAAAUCUUUCUUGCCCGUGAUUGAAUUGCAAUUGCUUAUCAUUUUUGGCAUCACUCAAAUAUGCAAUUUGCUUAUCAAACCAUUGGGACUUCCUCUAUUCAUUCCACAAAUGAUGGCUGGGUUAAUUAUAGGUUUUUCAUUUGAGAUAAAGCCAUUGGAGCCAUACAUGACCAUGUUGUUUCCAUAUGGAACACAUGACAUAAUUUCAGCAAUUUCAUCAAUUGGUUUUGUACUUUUUGUAUUUAUAAACGGUGUACAAAUGGAUUUCAGCAUGAUAACAAGGACAGGAACCAAAGCAUGGACAAUUUCAAUAAUGGGAUUAGUUAUGCCAUUAGUUAUUGGAUUUGCACCACUACUAUUAUUUCCUGAAGAAAUAGAAGCCAUUCAAAGAGCGCACGGACCCGGAAUUUAUGUGUCAUUGGUAUCUCAUACUAUAAGUUCAUUUGCUGUAAUUGCUUCAUUUUUAAGUGAACUUCAAAUCCAAAACUCUGAACUUGGUAGAUUGGCUUUAUCCUCAGCUUUGGUUACUGACAUAUUGAGAACAACCAUUACAACCAAUAUUGUUGCUGUUAUGAGUCAUCCUGAUAUGAAAGUGGUUUUAAGAAACUUGUUAUCACUUUUUGCACUUGCUAUAUUCAUUCCAUUAAUAUGUAGGCCAAUAAUGUUUUGGAUCAUUAAACAUACACCAGAAGGAAGACCUGUGAAAGAUAGUUAUAUUUAUAUCAUCAUUACAAUGGUUUUUGGUUUAGGUGUUUUAUCUGUUAAUAUAGAUCAAGAAUUUGUUUUAGGAGCUUUCAUUUUGGGACUAUCUGUUCCUGAAGGACCUCCUUUAGGAUCUGCAUUAGUUAAGAAGCUCCAAUUCUUUGGUCCAACAUUCUUUUUACCUAUUUUUGUGACUACCUCUGUGUUGAAAUCAGAUUUUUCAAUGAAUAUUUCAUCAUAUGUUAUGUUAUCUAUGGGUUCAGUGAUCGUUGCUACUCAUUUGAUCAAAAUAACAACAUGUUUUAUAACUGCCUUGUGUUGCAAAAUGCCUAUCACUGAUGCUAUGUGUCUUGCCCUCAUUUUGAACACCAAAGGCGUAGUUGAAAUCGGCGUCUACAAUUCCUUAUUCGACAAUAAUAUUCUUAAUGGGCAAGCAUAUGGAGUGUUGAUGAUUAGUGUAAUGAUGACAGCAAGUAUUAUGCAUUGGUUGGUUAAAUUACUAUAUGAUCCUUCAAGGAAAUAUGCUGGAUACCAGAAAAGGAGCUUAAUGGGCUUAAAAAGAAAUUCAGAAGUGAGAAUACUAGUAACACUACAAAAACAUAACCAUAUUUCAACAGCAAUAGAUUUCCUUGACCUAUGUUGUCCAACACUUGAGAAUCCAAUCACUGUGGAUGUACUUCAUGUAAUUGAGCUAGUUGGAAGAGCAUUGCCUAUUUUCAUUCCUCAUUGUCUUCAAAGACAGACAUCAGGAUCAGCUUCGCAUAAAUCAUACUCUGACGAUGUCAUUCUUGCUUUCGAUAUCUACGAGCAUGAUAAUGAAAAUGCAUUAUCAAUAAACACUUAUACAGCAAUAUCUCCAGCAAAUCUCAUGUAUGAAGAUGUUUGUAACCUUGCUUUGGACAAAGUUGCUUCCAUCAUCAUUCUUCCAUUUCAUAUAAGGUGGUCUGCGGAUGGUGCAAUUGAAUCUGAUGACAAGAAAAUUUUAAGAGCAUUGAACCAAAAAGUCCUCGAAAUAGCUCCAUGUUCCGUUGGUAUCCUCGUGACACGUGCUAAUUCAAUACCGAAAGCAACAACAACAUCAGAACAUUCCAUUACACGAUUGGCCGUCAUUUAUUUAGGUGGAAACAAAGACGAUAAAGAGGUUUUAUGCUUAGCAAAACGAGUGAUGAACAAUGCUAGGAUCAACCUUGUUGUUUACCACCUUGUUGCUAAAGAUUGCAAAGGUGACUUGGAGCAGUUAAUGGUAAAUGGUGAUGAUGAUGAAGUGUUGCAAGAAAUGAUAAAUGCGACAAAUGUGAGGUAUCAAAAAAUAUCAACAAAAGAUGGAUCAGAAACAGCUUGUUUUCUAGGCGAAGUUGCGAAUCAACAUGAUUAUUUUAUAGUUGGGAGAAGACAUGAAACUCAUUCUCCUCAAACAGAUGGAUUAUCAGAAUGGAGUGAAUUUCCUGAACUUGGUGUUAUUGGUGAUUUUCUUGCUUCACCUGAUCUUAAUAGUUGUGCAUCUAUUUUAGUUGUGCAGCAACAACUCUCACGCAAGAACGAGCACAAAAGUUGA